GAUCAGGAAAUGGUGAUGUCAAAAUGACAGUUUUCUGUCAAAUUUUUUUGGUUAGGCUGUAAAUUGGACGAAAGAAUCGUACGAAUUUAUGAUGAACGGCGAAAGACAGAGACUGCUGCGGCGGGAAAGACGAAGCGUCCAGUACCAGAGCGGGAUUGAGGGGCGAGAAAAAUGCAAAGUGCGCCUGGCCUGUGCUACUAUAUUAUUAGCUGAAAUUUUGGAACGUGUGACGUUUUAUUCCAUUGCUGGAAACCUUGUGUUGUUUCUGAACAAAAAACCAUACCUUUGGAUGUCUUACAAUGCGGCAAACGCCUCGUUUUUCCUGUUCGGUGUGUCAUACAGCAUGUCCUUGGUUGGAGGAUGGGUGGCUGACAGUCUUCUCGGCAAAGCCAGAACUAUAUUGGUUUCAUUUGUGAUUUACUUAGGAGGAUGUGCCUUUUUGCCGUUUUUAUCAUGGAAUAGUGAUGCGGAAACCUUACCGGGUGUCUGUGGGAAUAGGACAGAGAAAAUGUAUACGAUCUCACAACUGAAGAACCCGUUUGAUGAGAGCUGUGCCUGGGCUGUGUACUUGGCUUUGUUUAUUGUUGCCAUAGGAGUUGGUGCUGUGAAGGCUACCAUAGCCCCAUUUGGAGCAGAUCAGUUAAAAAACUCUGGUCAAAAAGCAAUGCGAGUGUUCUUCAACUGGUUUUACUGGUGCGUGAAUUUGGGAGCGUUCAUAGCAUUAGGAGGGAUAGCCUAUCUCCAACAACAGUAUCAUUUCUUCUGGGGAUACUUGGUGGCUUGCUGCUGUCUGGGAGCUGCAACAUUGUUAUUCCUGUUUGGUUGUACUGUGUAUGUCAGCAGACCACCCUCAGGCAGCAUCCUGACUAAUGUGUGUAAGGUUUUGUGUGAAUCAUGCACCAGCUCUCGAGGACGCAGCAGUUCAGACAGAGAAUGGUUCACCAACUCCCGAGGCACGGCUAGAGUGGGUUUCCUUGACCGGGCCAAGAUGCAAUAUGGAGGUCGUUUUACUGAUGGCAUUGUUGAAGAUGUGAAAUCCUUAUUGAAGAUCCUCUGUGUCUUUGUAUUCAUGGUGCCAUAUUGGAUGGUGUAUUAUCAGAUGGAGACCACAUUCUACAUUCAGGGUUUACACAUGAGACUGACAUUCUCUGAUUCAGUAAACUGGUUUACCUUAGGAAACUGGUCUAAUUCAGGAAACUGCUGUAACCCAGGAGACUGGUGUAACCCAGGAAAUUGGACUAAUCCAGAGGUGGAGACCCCAGAUGUGGCUGUGGCCUGGCUGUCGUUGUUUGACGUUGUAUUUGUCAUCAUGCUAAUCCCAGUAAUGGACAGGCUGGUGUACCCCAGGCUAGACAAGGCUGGCUGUCACUUCAGUAUGGCCAAGAGGAUGAUGGUGGGCAUGGGUGUGGCCACGAUAGCUGUGGCAGUGGCAGGAGCAGUGGAAACACGCAGGCUGCAGAUCUUCUGGCCAAUUCCUAACAACUGCUUUAUCAACGCUACAAUCUUCCAGAAUAUAGGGAAUACUCGUUACCAAGCAGCCAAUAUGAGUGUGUUUUGGCAGAUUCCUCAGUAUGCCUUGAUUGGGAUCAGUGAGGUUUUCACAAGUAUCGCUGCCCUGGAAUUUGCCUAUUCCAAAGCCCCCAGAUCAAUGAAGGGCAUCAUUAUGGGCAUGUUUUUCUUUUUCUCUGGGGUCGGCAGCCUCUUGGGAACGGCUCUGAUGUACGUCUUUGAUGGCAUCUGGUUUCUUGGUGUUGACUAUGGCAAUAUCAACGCGCGAAAUUGUACCUGUAAUUCUUCAAAGACAGAAGUGAUUCAAGCUUCUCAUUUGGACUAUUAUUUUUAUUUCCUGGCUGGACUUGAAGUAGUCAGCCUGCUUUUGUUCAUUGUUGUGGUAAAAUACUUAAAUUUCCAUGUGGAUGGCGAUCCAGGCCGUUCAGCCAAUCAGCGCAGAAGAAUUAAUGCUUCAACAUCAGAGGACUUUUUCAGUGGUCAGGGCAGACCCUCAGUGCGAACAGGUCUGCUCUACGGAGACACCUAAUUUCUUCUCUUUGUUUUGGCCACCAGCUGAACUUCCUUAUAUGGCCAUGUUUGCCAACACGAUUUGCAGUUCAGAAGCUCUUCUAGUGUACAUCUCUCAGUAAAGCUGAGUUUUACCUAGGAAUUAUUUUCUUCUCAACUUUUGCAGAAAUGAAGGUGUCCCAGGCAUUACACGUGUAUUAUCCAAACUUCAACUGAAGGUUUGCAAAUUGCUUGGGUGUUUCCUGACAAAAAGCUGCACAGCAAAACCUGAUGCUAUAAAUCUAUAACAUUUUCAAUCACCAAAGCAAUUUUUUGGUCGAAUUUAUGCAUACAGUUAUUAUGACGAUAAAAUGGUUCUUUUGCGUCAAGGUGGUACGGUUGUAAAGUUCGUUAUACUGUGCAUAUUAUUUUUGCUACACCCCUUGUUUCUCAGAAUGUUUAUAGAUAUUGGUUGCAGAGGCAGUUGAAGAGGUUGAAGAAUUAGGGUAAUUUACACUGAGAAUGGCUUAGGAUAAUAAAAGGGCUGAUGAAAUGCAGAAAUUGUUUUGCUGCACAUAAGUCAACGAAAUAAGUAAACAGUUAUUUGCCGAUGUUAAACCCACUACAAUGGUGUGAUCAGUAUCACAGCCAUACAGGAAGUUAUUAAUCAUCAAUGUUUGACAUAGUUAAGUCUUAAUACACUUAUGCACAUGUAGGGAACUUUUGUACUUUUACACUUUUGUAUGAUUUGUGAUUAAUUUAGUUUUUUUUUUUUUUGCUCAGAAGAAAUUUUGUGAAGAAUUUGUGUAAUACUAGAAACUGCAAAUUGAGUUGACCAUGGGUUUGUUUCUCUCAGUGACCAACCUCAAUGACAGUGCCUUGGUGCACCAACAUUUUUAUUUUAGGAGACAAAUGUUUUCGCAACAUAUGUAGCUUUCACACAGUUCACGUUUAUCAUGAUUCCACCAACAAUCUAAAAAAACCAAAAAUAUAUAGUGCUCAUUGAUUUGUACAUACUCUCAGAACUGAAUUCAAAAUUUGAGCUUACAUGGGAAGGUCUGACAGCGGAUGGCCGUGGGUUUUCCUCGGUGUCUGCCCUGUUUCCUCCCACCUUUAUGCUGGCCACUGUCAAAUAAGUCAAAUAUUCUUGAGUAAGGUGUAAAACAGUCAAAUAAAUAAAUAAAUCAAUCAAAAUUUGAAAGUUCAUAAUUUUUCUUUAUUCAUGGAUCCUCCGAAAAUCUUUCCACUUAUAUAUAUUGCUCAUAUAGUGUAUAUUCUCUCAGAACUGAAUUCAAAAUUUGAAAGUUUAUGAUUUUUCUUUAUUCUUUAUUCAGAAGAUGAAACUAUAAUAUUACCUUGGGCAACCAACUUGUUUAUAGUGGCUGUUUGUUUGUCUAAAUUGACUGGUACAAACUGUGAUAGUCUUUUUAUUCUUAGAAACAGAUAAUCUGAAAUGUCAAAUUGUAUCAAACAGUAAUGAUCAGAAAAUAUACACGUAUGUUAGAAGUAUUGAUAGUAAAAGUAUCAUAUAUAAAGAGCUUUAUGUGCUUCUGAAAGUGUCCAAUAAUGCAAGUAUAGACUACUGAAAAAAAAAAAACCAAAAACCACUGUCAUAACACUAAUGUACAUAUGUAAAUAGACAAUUUCGCAUUGCAAAGCAAGCAAAAAAAAGACAGUACCAAUGUAAAUGAUUUAGUAAAAGUGCUGAUUUGACUUGCCACGAUAUCUGGAAGGGAAGUGGCCCUGAAACCAGUUUUUUCAACAAAAACAAAAAAAGUCUGAAAGUGCCUUCUUACAUGCCAACCUUUAGGUGAAGUACAGUAUUUCUCUUCAUGACAUUUAUAUAAUACGUAAUACUACAUGUAUGUGCUCUCUCAUCAGGCGACAUAAGGGGUCACAAAAUCAUUGAAAAGCCUGGAAAUUGAAAUAACUUUUCCAGUACUUAAAUGGCUUGAAAAAUCUAGCGGUUUGGUAGUUGGGCUGGGAAAAUAUUGAAAAUAGGUGUAAACAUUUACGAAUGUAUGUGACAGAUGGAAAGUUGAGCUAUUAAAUUAUAGUUAUUUUACAUUGCCAUAACCUUAUAUUUGUAUGAGUAGAGUAUUUAUUCCAACUGCUUGAAAAAUAUGAAUUUUAGGCCUCGAAAAGCUUUGAAAAACCGUGGAAAUUUGAAAACUGUUAGGUGUACAAACUGAGUAUAGGAGGAAUGGGCCAUGGUUGGAGGAAGUUACUGUGUGCUUACAGUGUGUUUCCUGUAAUUUCUUUUGGCAGUUAUGUAAAUAAUUUUGUAUUGAACAUCACAGCACCUGAGGAAUUGCUGUUAAAAAUAUCAACAGUUUCCGCGUGUGUGCCACAUGGCCUGCUAAAUGUCUCAUUCAUGUCAAUACGUUUUCAUGAAAUCUGUGAUAAUUUUGCUGUAUAAAACAUGCAUACCACUAUUUGUUCGGAAGUAUUUUUAACCUUGAGAUUUCAGUGGAAGGUAUCUUCCUCUGCCACUAAACUGUACAGAAAUAAAUGUUCAUUUUAUCCAGAUGUUACCAAAAAAAAGAAAAUCCAUUGAAUAAUUGUUAAAUAAUUGGAUAUGCAUGUAACUAUAUGUACCGGUAAUUGAUAUUCAGGUUAGCUUUUGAAACUUUGCAUUGUUAAAAAAUGACAUGUUUAUAUAUGGGGGGAAAAGUGUUGUGAACAAAUACUUCAAGUACAGCAUCGUUCUGUGUACAAACAUGUAUUUAUACACCCCUGUAUAAAGAAAUGCAGAAUCAUGCAUUUCUAGCCCUGGCUUGAAGAUGUAUUGUUUUACGUUUGAGAUUCAGUUGUCUCCCCUGUUCUUGAUGUCAUUUUCACGUCACUUUAAGUACAUCAUUUUUGACAUACCGGUAUAUUGGUAUAUAACCAAAGUUAUCCUAAAAUUGAGCAGAUUUUAUGAAAUGUAGACAUAUGUAAGAUCAUUGAGGACUAUUUCUCAUCAGCCUGAGCUAUUUAGAUGAAAAGACAGAUAUUUUUGCUGUCCUGAAGUUUUUGAGGUGUUGGACAAGCCAAUCGGCAGCUGUAGAUCAGAAGUUAACUGCCUUGGAAGUUAAACGUGUCCUUAGUUAUCGUAAUAUAUUUGCCAUACGCUGUUUUUACUCUUUCUGUCAUACCCAUAUUGAUGGCGAAAAAUACCUAUUUUAUGAAUGUUUGCGUGUACAUGUAUAUAAUAUAACAUCAUGCGAUGUGUUUGUGUAUUAAAUGAAAAGUUAUAGUUUAAAUCGAGCGGCCAUCUAUGCUUCGUUUUUUUUUUUUUUGUUUUUUU